CUCAAGAGAAGUUUCAAAGAGUACUUCCGUUGAUUUCCAAACACGAGGAUCAGAAAAUGUAAAACACAACAAUAUUCCUAUCACACAACCAAAAGAAUGCCUAAUAAAAAGAAGAAAUUCAUAGAUAAGAAAAAUUCUGUGACCUUUCACCUUGUCCACAGAAGUCAGAGAGAUCCAUUGCAAGCAAGUGAAGAUGCCUCUUCCAGAGUCCUGUUGACUAAUGAUAAAGUAAGGAAAGAGAAACAGAUAGAAGACCAGGUCAAGUAUGGUAUUUUUUUUGAAGAUGAGUAUGACUACCUACAACAUUUGAAGGAUACAAAUGAAGGAUAUGAACUUGAACCUGUUGUUGAUAAAUUCAGACUCGCGUCAAAAGCUACUGAGUUUCAGCAGAAAGCAAGAAUACAGUUGCCAUCGUCUGUUUUCCCAACAGAAGUAGAAACUGAAGUAGGAUUAUUAAACAAGGCAGUACCUAUAACAGGUCCACAGCCUAACUGGGAUCCAGAUAUUGUUGAGGCAUUGGAUGAUGACUUUGAUUUGAAGGACCCAGACAAUAUUUUAGAAGAUGACUUUAUAUUGAAAGCUAAUGCCCCAGUUGAUGGAACAGAGUUUAAUGACCAGGACUCUGGAGAAGAUGAAGAGUUUGGAUCUAAUUUUGGUUCAGAUGAUUUCUCAGAUAACGAAGAUGGACACAUGUUUAUGGAUGAAGAAACAAAGACACAAUUUACUAAUUAUUCUAUAUCCUCCUCUGUCAUGAGAAGAAAUGAAGGCCUUACCCUUCUGGAUGAUCGAUUUGAAAAGUUAUAUGAGCAGUAUGAGGAUACAGAGAUUGGUGCUUUAGAUCAUGAAGACAUUGAUGGCUGUAAAGACAGUAAAGUAUUAGACUCCAUCCUAGAAGAGUUUGAAAAAGAACAGGAGGAAAAAAAAUUUACAGAGAUUGAGAAUUGUAAUAAUGAUGUUGAUGUAGAAUCAGGAGACGACUGUGAUAUUGUAGAAAUGAUCAUCCAAGCACCUAAAGAAAAAUGGGAUUGUGAAUCUAUUUUAAGUACAUAUUCAAAUUUAUACAAUCAUCCAAAGUUAAUUACAGAGCCACACACAAAAAAGAAGAUACAAUUAACAUCAAAAUUACAGAUUCCUAAAGAUUCAUUUGACAAGCCAGGAAUGACAAGAAAACAACUUGAAAAAGAAAUUCAUGAGAAUCAAAAAGCUGAUUGUGCAAGUACAUAUAGACCUAAAGAUGAAUCAAUAGAAGAAAAACGAUCCAGGAAACAAGCUGUCAAACAAGAAAGAAGGGAAAGAAGACAGGAAAAGAAACAGAAUAAAGAAAUGUUUAAAUCAGAGAUGAAAAGACAAGAAAAGGAAGUGUUAAAUGUUCAGAACAAUCUACAAGGCAUGAAAUUGUGAUUUAUGAAAACAUUGAUACUGACUUAUUGACAUGCUAUCAAAUUUGAAAAGUCAUGAAAAAAAACUACAUAGAAAGAGAUAAGCUUGUCAUAUGCUUGUGCUUUCCAUUUGAUUAGAGAGACGAAGAGAGAAAAAGUUAUAUGUAGUAUUCAUUACAGCUCUUCUAUAAAAGCAUGCAAAGCAAACCUUUGAUCAACUUGCUUGCUAUGUUUGCUUGGAUGUUUGCAAACAAUAGGUAGGCUGAGUUUUAGUCUGUUUUAUAUAUACUGGGAUUUGAUUGGACAAUAAAAAUUGACAUGCAAUGAAGUUAAUGUUUAUUGUCCAAUCAAAUUCCAUUAUAUAGUAAACAGACUGAAACAGACUACCUACCUUUUGUUUACAAACAUCCAAACAAACAUAGCAAGCAAAUUGAUCAAAGGUUUGCUUUGCAUGCUUUUAUAGAAGAGCUGUAAAUGUGAAAAAUAGUGAACUGGUAGCCCUGAGUUUUAAGAUGUUCAAUAGAGAAUGCUCACUGAAGAUAUUUUUGUUAAAAACUGCCCCCACUAUUUUAUGUAGUCAGUUUUGGACUGUCAGAACUGAUUUACAUAUUUUUGGAAGAUAUUAGUAUUUCUAACAUUGUCCAGAAUAAACAAACAUCCAAAGUAUAUAUUAUUUUAAAGAUCAUCAUAUCAUGAAAAGUUAUUUCACAUUCUUUGAUAAAGACUUAUGCAAAUUAUUUAUCAUGAAAAAAAUGCCAGUUUAAAGAAUGAAAAGAUGAUUUUUUUAUUCCCUUUUUGGGGUCUAGGUAAUUCCCUUGAUUUUUUGCUAUUUUAAUAGAGACUGUAAGAAAGUGGUAGUACUUGGUACAUGUGACAUCAGGCCUGCCGCAGCAUUACUCACAAUUCAGCUCUUAUUACCAAAUCGGUUUACAUUUGGUGUAAAGGGGUAUAACGUCAUUUGUAUUUUUUUCAGUGGCAAAAUUUAUAAAUUUUUUCAGUUAGGAAAUUGUGAUAAGAUUAGCAUUACACUAAUAAAUAUCAUAUAUCAAGAGGUAUAAAUUUUUAACUGUGUACAUUUUUUCCUUUUUGUAAUGUUAUGAAUUUUUUUAUAUUUGUUGCAAAAGGCACAUAAAUUGAUUUUUAGAUUUGCAGUUUGAAUUUAGACAUCAGCAAUCAUCAGUCAAAGAAAUACGUGACACAAUUUUUCUGAUAAAAAAAUGAUUUAGUAAAAAAAUAUUGUUUUAGACAAAUUGCUGAAUAUAAAGUCAUGUUAGACCAGCCUAGCAACCUUUGUGUCUUCUUGUAAUGAAAGGUAAAUAAAACAGUUGCUUUAACAGUGAAUGUGUGUACAUUUAUAAUUGAGGUAUUUUAAAAACAAACUUUAACCUUUGUUAUGCGAGAUAUUUUGUUACAUUGUGUUAUUCUUGUUGCUGUAUUUAUUAAUAAAAGAAAAUAUGGUUA